CUGUAACCUGCAUGAAUUUGUCUUCUCUUUCUCUUGAAGGCUGGUGUCAUCCAUUCACGCUUUUAUGGCCACCACCGCUGGCAUCAUCGUGGUGUCCUCGUGCAAAGGCAAUGUGAUUAUGGACCGACACUGGCUGACCACCUAUUUUGUCAUUUGGUAUGGCGUUCCCUACAUGUCAUAUGACAUCUUCGCCAUGUACCUCAGCCAUUACUAUCGCUUCCGGGUCAAAGGUCACAAGGACUAUAAAAGCCACUCUCUACGAACCGUCAACUCAUUUGUGAGGAAAGAGUUCCUGCUGGUGCUCCAUCACAUUGCACUACUCACCAUCCUACUGCCUGUGACUCUGCUCUUCAGGAAGGACCAGGGCGAUUACUUCAUUGGCUGCCUCUUCCUCACAGAGCUCAGCACUCCUUUUGUUUCACUUGGUAAAAUCCUCAUUCAGCUGGGGCUGCAGGACUGCUGGCUGCACAAGGCUAAUGGUGGCAUGGUACUGCUGAGUUUCUUCAUGUGCCGCAUUGCACUCUUCCCCUACAUGUACUGGGCCUACGGCUCCCACUAUGGCAUCCCGCUCUACAGCGUUCUCUUCCAUCUGCCGCUCUCCACCAAACUGGGCAGCCUCUGCAUCCUGGCACCGCAGGUCUACUGGUUCGUCCUCCUCUGCCGUAAAGGCUACCGACUGUACAAGCGGCAGCGGGAUGCGCAAAACCAGGCCUCUCCGCUGUCCUCGCCCGAGCCGGUCUUAGAUAUCUCCAAGGCUGAUUAGUGAAGGUCUGUCUUUAUCUAGAACAAACAAUCAACCGACAUCACAGCUGAAGGCUACGGCACUGCAUCUACUACUGUUAAAGUACAACCAAGACUUCAUGUUAGAAACAUCCUUAUUACUCCUCUUCACUUUACUUCAUUCCAUGCGCACACUUACAUUUACACACGGGGCUGUAACAAUGCCACCACACUGGAUUUACUACAGUGACUUCUAAGGAGCAUCUUUUAGGUCAGUUAUCGAGGGCCGUAACCUUCUUUUCUUUCUCUGAUCGGAGUAUCUGUUACAGUUUGGACUGGUGUCUUUGAAAGUCAUUUGAAUUAUCUGUUACUUUUGUUAUUUUUGGGUUUUGUACCAUGUGAAAUGCUUUCCCUGUAUACUUGAAGUACAAAAAUACACUGGUUUAAACUAGGGGAUUUAUUAUAUGUUAUAUCAUGAUAAAUUCAUUGGAUUAAACCCCAGUAUUUCAAAUCACAUCCACGCAGCAUUUCAGAUCACAUCCCACUCGGCACAAAGCUCCGGUCACAUGGUAAGCAUUUCCAUGGCUGCAGUUCUGCUGUUCUUGUUUACAGCUCAUUAGAGUUCUGUGUGUUUGCACACACACUGCCCUGCUGUGACUGUUUACACUUCUCUACCACACACCGCCCUUUUCGCUCUGAAGGCUGCUAAUGAAUUCUGCUUCGCUUUUUGGGCCUUUUGAGCAUCCAGAGACCUCCCAUCCACAUGAAGGCAGUAGAGAGUCAGCCAUUAUGUUUAUAUGAUAUAGACAAGACUCAAGUGUAUGGGGGAUGAGGUCUUUGCAAGGUACAAAGAGCGAGCACAUAACGCUUGGCAUCUCUUUUAGGCCACAUGAUGCCCGAGGGCAUUUCCAAGCAGUAGUCAAAGCAAUAACAUUGGGCUUCAGAGCAAUAGAUUGUGGGUAGGUGGAUAGCCCAUGUGAACACAUGGGUAAAGAUAGAAAGUUGCAUGACAGCCUACUCUGAAAACUGAUCUUUAUAUAUCUAAAGUAUGUAAUACCGGGUUUAUACAGUCUUGAGAAGAAGGAACAAGUCAGGGAAUCCUAAAUUUGAGAUUGAGAUGUGUGGAAAAAGUCAUAAAAAGUCUUUCAAAUUCAUCAUGUCUCUAGUCAGUACAAUUUGUGUAGCUCUUCGGCUGAAUUUUUUUUUUUCGCUAGAUGUCACUUUAUGAUUACAAUGUCUAAUAAAUCAUUUCUAGAAAAUUUUAUCCAGAAAAGUCACUGAAAUUCAAUGGUCAAAAAAGAUUUGGGAACCCUAGUAAUGGUGUUUGUGAGAUUGAAGUGUGAAAUGCUCUUGAUGGAAGCAUUAAUUUUUAUCGUUCUGUUAACUGAGCCUACAGUUUGAGUUGUAAAUUAAUUCUAUUUAGUUCUACAUUGAUAAAUAUUGCCAUAUAAAAGGGUGAUUUGCUGUUGCCUAGGGUCAUUUUUAGGGAUAAUCUGUGGCUUAUAAGAGCUUGUGUAAGUGUAGGCUUAGCAAGGAAUUCAGAAGCCUUUGUUUCAGGGCUUUUAACACAACCUGCAGCAUCUUUCGUAAUACAUUUAGUGAAGGCUGGAUGCCAUAUAAAUGCAGUUUGGCUUUUUGUUAACAGUUACUUCCAGAUUCCAUUAAGCACUUUCAGAAGUGCAGAACUGUCAGAUUAAAAUGUUGCUCAAUGUGUACCCAUGCACUCUUAUUUAGUGUUUCUGAGACAAACUGGACCUAAAGGUUGCCUUUAGCAAGUGUGUUUGUGUGUGUGAGAGAGAGACAGAAAGAAAAAGAAUGAUAUAACAGUGUGUAUAAUCUCCCAGCUGACUCUCUAGGAGGUUGAACGGGGUCUUUGCUGGACUGAAAGAGAGAGAAUGUGUGUUUUGCUCCCCCUUUCUAAAGCUUUAGUACUUUUCAAAGCUAACUAUGCAGUCUUUCAAGCUGCUGCUUAUUGUCUAUGGCAACCCUAUGAUUUUCUUAGUUUUUGUGAAGUGGGAAGCAUUUGGCAGAUGAGUUGUCCAUAUUAAUCAUAAUGCAUGUUAUGUUUCAGAAUUUUUUUUUUUAUGUUCAUGCUUUUUUUCAUUUUUUACUGAUGUCUGCUACUAUAGCCAACAUUGUCUCAUUUUUCACUCUUUCAUUUAUAGGUUAGGCUGGUCUUCAUAAGACAUAUCAAUAAUAUAUCAAAUACACUAUAUGGCUGAAAGCCAAAAGCAUUUCAAAUAUAAUAUAUAUAAAUAUGGGUAUUAAUACAGGGAUUGUUAUUCCUUUGCUGCUUUAACAUAUUUAAUUCUUUGAUUCAAACUGACGCACAAGUUGGAAGCACACAAUUAUGUUAAAUGUCAAUUAAAUAAAGGGGCCUAGCAUUAACUAUGUUCACAACCUUUUGGCCGUGUAGUGUAAAUCCAUGAUAUAUAAACAGGUUUAUAUUCAGAAGUUUCAAAAGCAUUGAACAUUAAUACACCAUAAAUCAUUUUAAUUUAACAUUCAUUUACACCAUAAAUCAUUAAAUUUAGGCUUAUUUAUGCCAUGCUUGAACUUGCAGUGCUGUGUAUGAUGCUGAUAAUCCAUUUUUUUUUUCUUUUUGAAAAAAAUAAAAUAAUACGAUUAUACAAUAAUACAAGUCUAGUAUCUUCAAGGCCUCCUCUCUCAGCUCAGGGUUUGAUAAAGAUGUUAUCAUUUAUCAAAUGUUGUUUAGAGAUGAAAGAUGAGACUGUGAUUUACAAAAAGACACAACAUUUCUAAUUGGAAAAUGCCUAUAACAGUUUUGGGUUUGGUAGACCAAAGAUUCUUAGGCACUUUUUAAAGACAAGUAACACGUAGUGAAACUUUCGUUGCCGUUCCCCUCACUUGCCAUCCACAGAGGCUCAGAUCCAUACAGGACUGGCUGUGCUUAUGGCUCAGGCGUUAGUCAGUUUCUGGCAGAAAAAAGACUGGAAUUUUUCUCACUGAAUUCUCACAAUAUUUGGAUUUCUCAAUAUUUUACUGAAAAUUACGAUCUGAUUAAAACAAUCUGAUUAAAACAUGUCCAGAUCUUAUUUCACCCCAAAAUCUGUAAAAAUAAAUAAAUAAAUAAUAAUAAUAAAUAAAUGAAUAGCAUUAAGCCAAUUUUCUUUCUAAAGUCAGCUUUAAGAAAAAAUGUUUUUGUUUUUCCAGUGGUGAUGAGAAAUUAGUGUUUAAUUGUCAUGAAAAAAGGCUUUGCUCAUAAAAUGGAUUUUCUUAAAUCUGAGACUUGGACAUGUUUUAACAGGUUUUGUGAGAAGGACUGAAGUGGAGAAAUUGUUAUCAGCUGUUCUGAUUUUUAACACAUAUCAAAACUAGACUAGGCUGGGUGCUUUAUAGUUUACUGUAAAUGGUUGAAACAGGAAUGGAUGAAGAUACAUGCAGAAAAGUCUGGAGGAUAGGAAGUCAAGCUAUAUUAAAUAUGAUUAUAUCUAUAAAAGUUUUGUUUUACCCCCAAAUCAUGUGUUGUCUGGAAUAUCGUAAAUACAGUGCCUUGUAUUAAAGUUGUGAGUGAUAUUGAUACAAGCUCAGUGCACAGCAGCCCUGGGCAGGCGGUGUUCAAGGUUGUGGCCAUCUUCGCUCACUUUUUUUAUGUUCAAAUACAUUACAUAAAACUAAGAAAAACCUUCGUAUCAGUGUAAUAGAUACUUCAAUUCUUUAUGCCAGUAGGUUUGAUUUCAGUGUAUAAUUUGAGUAAAUUGUUACAGCUAACGUUGUCCUUUAAACAUGCUUCUGUUAAAGUCUUAAAAUUAUUUUCUGUACGCUUGCUGUUUUGUCUUUAUAUUUGCAAUCUUGAAACUAAUUUAAAGAAAAUCGAAACUCCAAAGGUCUGUAAUGUUACCCAGUUUUCCGUACGGCAUCCUUUCCUCAUAAAACAGACACGAUCGGACAAUGCGGGCUUAAUCUUAGGUCAGUUUAAAUCCGUGUUACACAACUAGUGUUUCGAUUUUUGCAUGGUCCAAAAAAGCUAUAACAAAAUGUACUUAUUUUCCAACACAUUCCGUGGUUGUAUCUCCAAACUCAAUUCAGCAUUAAAAGAUCUUGUUUAGAGGCCGGUGGGAAAGGAACCUUUUCAGAGAACUGGGAAGUAGCCAGAAAGCAUGUUUGCAUUAUCUGUUCCCUGGUGAGGAAAAUGCAUUCCCUUGCCCAUGUCAGCUUGACCUCGAAGCAUGAAUUCAUUCGGAUUUCCUAACGCACAACCUUUAGCACUCCCUGCCUCUUAUUUUUGAUAACAUUUUGAUUUUCACACAUAUAUUGUAUCAGAUUUCAUAUAUUUAGGUUUCCGUUUGUGUUUGUAGAAUGACAUUUCAAGAAGUCUCCUUUUUUGAAAAGGGGGUACAGAGUGAAACUAAUAUAAACACUUGAUUGAGCUUCAUUUCUGGAAACUUGUAAAUCCAAACAAUACUUUGGAAGAAAAUAAAUCUGAUUUGGUGAAUUCUUUUAAA